AUGCCGCACGCGCGAGUCUACUUCAAAGUCGAAGGCACCGAGAGCUGGGCCUGGGACUACUUCCACGACAGUGGGUCCAAGUAUAAGGGUGACAAAACACACCAUGAAGCCCGGUGCUUGGGCUGUAUCCGGGACCACGAGAAAGUACUCGAGGAUCAGCAGCGGGAGCGCCUCAAACUGGGCACCUUGCAGCCUGAUCGACUGAAGGAUACAGCAGCUCUUCGGAAAGAAGCCAUCCGGGCAACUGAGCCUAUCCGGGGAAGGGUCGACGUGAUGAAGAGGCAUAUCAAGAAGUGCGAGCUGGUCAAACAAGCGGCCAAGGACCGCCUCGCUGCCGAGGAGAUCGAGAAGCAGAGCGACGCGACGCAGGAGGAUGCCGAUUCCUCUGACCACCCCGCGACCGCUCGUCCUCCCGGCCCGAUCCAAACCCUAUUCAAGGUUGCAAAGAACAAGCCGUUUACUCCGGCGGCUCAGGCCGAGUUCGAGCGCGACUUCCUCAAGCUUCUCAUCGUCAUGAACGUCGCCAUGCUCGCUGCCAACGACCCCUACGUCAAGCACUUCUUUGAGAAGUACGUCCCGGGCGCGCGCCUGCCUGACCGGAAGCAACUCUCGAACCGCAUCCUCGACGACGAAGUCAACCACGUGACGGCGGCGGUCGCAUCCGAUGUGAAAGGCCAGUAUGCGACGGGUACCGUGGAUGGAUGGAGCACGAAGAAGGACGCCGUUCAGUGCACUGGGCUGAACGUUGGUGGCAAGGAAUACCCCGGUCGAAUCCACGUCACGACGGCGGAGCAGAAGACGUCCGCCAACCUUCUGCAGCACGUACUCAGUGAUAUCCAAUGGAUGGUCGCGACGCUUGGUAUCAUCAUUGUAGCUUGGUGUUGUGACUCGGGUGGCGACUCGCGAGGUCUCCGGCCUCUCCUAGUUGCUCUCAUGCCUUGGAUUCUUGCCAUACCCUGCUGGGGGCAUCAGCUCAACCUUGUUGUUUACAAUUAUGUGCACCGUGCGGGCGACUGGAUCUCGGAGACGCUAAGCAAGUGUGCCAUAAUAAUCAACUGGUUCACAUCACAUAAACGCGCGCUGUCGAUGCUCAUGGAAGAGGAGCGGAGGAGUCCGGAGCAGUGGACUCGGCUGAAGACCUUCAUCCGGGCUGUCAUCACGCGAUGGACAACCCACUACUUGUCGGUCAGACGGAUGGCAGAGCUCCGGGAGGUACUGCAGGUGCUUGCCAUAGUGCGCCGCAGUCAGUUGCUUCUCGCAGGUGGCGAAAAGCAGGAGCAGAUUGACGCUGCUGACGGUGUAAUCAAAAUCGUUGAAGAUGGGUCAUUCUGGACGAACAUCGAUGUCCUCAAGCGAUACCUUGAGCCUCUUGCCAUUGCCGCAAACGUUGCUCAGGGCUCAUCGACCCGCUUGGACCACGUGCUAGUCACGCUCGCCUCGCUUCACCACGCGUACUCGACCAAGACCAAGUGUGGCGAGUACGACCGCCUCGAAGACAAUGCCAUCAUCAUCGCGAGCUUGGAGAAGCGCUGGGCUGCCUUGAAGAGGGACCAGGACUUCUACAUUAUCGCCGUUUUUCUCCAUCCCCAGUUCCGUGCACACUUCUUUGACAACGCAACGCACUCGCUCUCACGUGCGGGGCUUUACACGGUGCUCAAGCGUGUGUACAGGCGGGUCUUCCGUGUACCCGAAGACGAUGAAAUGCCGCCCGGACUCUUCGAGAGCUACUGUCAAUACUACGAUGGGACAGGGCGCUAUACGAGUGAGGGCUUCUCUCUACUAGUUAAGUUGGCCUUGCGGCAUGCACGAGACCUGCGAGUGCGCAGUCAGGCUGACCCAGCCGUAUACAGAAAAUUCCCAAUUUUGAAGAAGCCGGCGACGUGCAUAUGA